GAACCCGAGGAAGGAGUGGUUGGGCUCAUUGGCGCAAUUCCGCGUCCCUCCCCAUUGCCUUUAUGACUCAACUGCGGCCCAGGUUGGUAGCCUGGGCUUUCUUUCCCAACCUGACUCAUCCCGUAGUUAUGCCUGGGCCUGAUGAAUGGUAUCCCCGUAUUCUCAGGGUGCAGGUCUGGUAGAAGAAGCUGCUUUCCCCAAUCCUGGCUCUCUAUUUACCCCCCCGCCGCCUCCUGCCUCCCAUAAUCAGAAGAGUAAAGGCGGGGUCCAACUGGCGUCGGGAUCAGCCUUCCUGGAGAGGCCCGGCCUAGGGAAAGGCAUCCGAGGAAGCCCCGUCGCCCAGCCUGCCCCAGGAUGGAAGUCAAGGGUCAGCUCAUCAGCUCGCCCACUUACAGCUCCCCAGCCCCCCUGCAAGGGAACGUGAGUCCGAAGGUAAAGAUGGAGCGGCUGCGGGAGCUGCUGGAGAGGCAGCGGGGACUUCAGGAGGCGCUCAGCUUGAAACUCAAGGAACUCCGGAAAGUGUGUCUGCAGGAAGCGGAGCUGACGGGCCAGCUGCCUGCAGAAUACCCCGCGGAGCCCGGAGAGCGGCCCCAUCUCAUCCGGCAGCGGCGGCCCGCGUGCCCCCGGCUGGCCAGGGCAGAGGUGAGGGGGCUCGGGGAGGGCCCAGGUGAGGUCGGGGGGGGACCGACGGGGUCGCCGAGCCCGGCCCCCGGGAGCAAUGGCACCCCUCCGCAGGAGCAGCAGCUGGAGGCGUUGGAACGGGAGGUGUCGGUGCAGCAGCAGAUCGCGGCGGCCGCCCGCCGCCUGGUCCUGGCCCCGGAGCUGAGCGCCGAGCAGCGCCGCCGCCGCCGCCAGGUCCAGGCCGACGCGCUACGGAGACUGCAGGAGCUGGAGGAGCAGCUCAGCCAGGGCCGGGCGCGCCUCGGGCCCGGGACCCUCGCCCCGGCUCCCACCCUGGGCCCCGGCCCGCGCCUCAUCCAGCUGGGCCAAGAAGAUGCCGUGCAUUCAGAGAGCAGCUCUCUUUCGGAGUCAGCCAGCCAUGACAAUGAUGAGCCCCACGGCUUCCCCUCGGGGAAAGGGGGUCCCCCGAUGGAAUGGCCGUCGCCCCCCAAGGCCCGGGAUCAGCUGCGGGCCGUGUCCGGGGGCAGCCCCGAGCGGCGCCCGGGCUGGAGGAUCCCGCCGAACGAGCUCUGUGGGGACCUGAGGAACCGCCGAAACUCCGUGGCCAGCCCCACCAGCCCCACCCGCACCCUGCCCAGGAGCGUCUCCAGCUUCGAGGGGCGCAGCGUGCCCGCCACCCCCGUCCUUACCCGCGGGGCCGGGCCCCAGCUCUUCAGGCCCGAGGGCCUCCAGGGCCUCCACGCCCGCCAGUGGUCAGGGAGCCAGGACUCCCAGAUGGGCUUCCCCCGCGAGGGCCCGUGGGACCGGACCGCCCUCUUCGCGGCCCGCACGCGCCGCAGCAACAGCUCCGAGGCCCUGAUCGACCGGGGGGCCGGGCCGCCCCCCGCCCCGGCUCCCCCGCCGCCUCCUUUCAAGAGCACCGAGGCCCUGCACGACCGGGCCUUCUCCUCCCGCACGGCGGGCCCGCCCGAGCCCCCCCGGGCCGCCCGGCCCAGCUCGGCUGCCCCCCGCGGCCCCCGGGCCCCUCCGGCCUACGGCGACCCGUUCUCGGACUACCCCCAGGAGCGGGGGCCGGGGCGAAGCUGGGGGGAGCCGGAAGGGCCCGGCCACCUCUCCCGCCGGGAUGCCCCCCCUCUGUUCUACGUGGACAGUCCCGUGCUGCGCAGCAAAGAGAACCAUUCCCGGGUGGGGCGCGCCAAGUCCUGCGGACCCCCCGAAGGGCCCCUUCCGUUCUGGGCGGCCCCGGGCCCCGCACCUCCCGCCCGCUUCCGCGGCCAGCCGGACCACGGGGAGCGGAGCGCCCACAAAGCCCUGGCCCUGGAGGGGCUGCGGGACUGGUACAUCCGUAACGCCAGCGCGUACCCGCGGGGCGUGCUGGAGCGGCGGCCGCCCCCCGGCCUCUACCCCGGCCCUCGUUUCUACGAGCCGGGGCCCCCGGAGCUCUACGGCUACGGCGCCAUCCCUCCCUUUCCCCAUUCGCUGAGCUUCACCGCUCCCCCGCUCUCCGGCAGACACUACGCGGACUUCCUGUGCGCGCCGGAGCCGAGCUCCCGCUUAAGUGACCUGAAGUUAGUUGACGGGGAGCGGUCCCCGGAAACGGACCCUAAUCCCCCUGGGACACUGGUGUAGCCCCCCCGGGGCCCCGCCGCCCUGACCGGAGUGCCUGGGAAACCCGCGGGCCGGGGAGCCGGGGGCUUCUGGCGAAGGCGGAGGGGCUGGCGGAGGAUUUCCGAGGAGGAUGCGACCGGCCGCGUCGCGGAGCGGGAGCGCGGGUCGGCCUGCCGCUCUCUCCGCCCCAUCCCCCCGCGGCAGCGGCCGAGGGCCGGGCCUCCCCUUCUCCGGGCCCAAACCGCUGGCUGGCUUUAGUGGGGAAGCCCGGUUAAAGAGUCCAGAUCCCUCACCCCUGUCUGCACUCCUUCCCCGCUCUCCCUACCUUCUUUUCGUUCUGAUUUACAUUCCUGGGCCGAAGCCGGGCCUCCGGCCUGAAGGGCCCGCUCCGGGUUUCCCACCUGUCCGUCUCCUGCUUCCCUCCGAACUAGUCGAGCGAAACUGUGAUGAUGAAGUCUCGGGCUCCCGCCCCGGAGAACAGCACCGGGGUGAGGGGGGGAGUCCCGAAGGUCGGAUUUGAGAGCCCCCUUCCCCUCGGUCCCGGCUGCCCGGGCCCUCCGGCUCUCCUCCGGUUUCCAUCCUCUCUCACCCUCCAUCUCCUACCCCAUCUCCGUUCUUUGCAGAUGGGAGGUGAGCACUUUAGGGGAACGGGCUCCCCAGUGGAGCCCGCCUCCUCCUCCGGCCUCCCUGGGCAGGGAUGGUGGGCGCUCAGACGAGGGCUUCCCUCCUCUUCCCCGUGGCCCGGGGCGGCGGAUAGCAGGGAGAGGGUAACACCUCCAGACUAGCAGGGACUCCACUUGGCCCCUGCAGAGCAUCUGUCGUGAGCACUGGAAGGCUGGCCCUUUCUUGGGGGCCUGUCCUCUUAUCCUCCAUCCCCGACUCUUCCAGGGGCACCAGCCCAGAGCAGCGGGUUUACCUUGAGUCCCCGGUUGUGACUUUAGCUGUGCCCCCGCCACCUCCUUUCAGUCCGUGAACGAGCCAACGGGGGCUUUGAGCUCACACAAGGUGGGAUGGAGAGACAGAGAACGCGUGCGCGCGUGUGUGUGUUGUAUAGUUGUAGAUCGUCACGGCUGCAGGUGAGUACGCGUGUGUGGAUGGAGUGGCGGGGUGGGUGGGGGCCCUAAGCGUGUGGCAGUCGGCCUGUCUUUCGGCGCGUGUACCGCUGCGGUGCGUGUGAACGGCUGGAGGUCCGUCGUCAUGUCUUCCCCAGCAGGGUAUCCGUGCUCCUUGUCACUUUUUAAACAACUCAGCCCAAGAUGUAUUUUCUACUGUGUCGGUCAGGCCCUCACCCAAACUGGAGGGCUGUGGAGGACGGGGGGUGGAGGCGAGGCCAGGCCCCCGUUGCUCGGUUAUUUUGUCCUUUCUUUUUUGUACCAAGGGUUUAGGGGCUGGCUAGAACCUGCACACUGGAAUGAAUUUCUAUAAUAAAGAUGUCAAUUACACCACCCA